AUGGCAGCCACUAUGGUAACAUACCCGUACGAUGACCCGACUAUCGAUCAACCGGAGAGGGACUAUCUGAAGAAGCUGGCCGGCUUUGCUGAAAAACAAAACCUAUCCGAGGACCUCCGUGCCUAUGUCCGAGGCGUCACGAUUGCCUUUACUGCCCUGGCCGCGUUCGUGGUAGGGCUGCGGUUCACGGCCCGUCACCUGCAGGGUGCGAGGUAUCUGAAAGAUGAUUACACGAUGUUGUUUGCUCUGGCGUUGUUGAUUGGAAACAUGAUCAUGAAUCUAAUCUUGGUCGAUGCUGGUAUCGGAUUACAUUCAGGCCGCCUUACACUAGAACAGCUACAAUAUCUCGACAGGACCAUGAUGGGUGCCGAGAUCCUGUACGUCAACGGAGUCAACAUAUACAAAGUAGCACUGCUGCUACUAUACCUGCGCAUCUUCCCAACCCGAGAGGUUCGCAGGGGGGCAUGGAUUUGUGGCAGUUUAACGUCCCUUUGGACGCUCGCCUGCGUUAUUGCUGCCUCAAUUCAGUGUCUUCCCCUGAACACGCUCUGGGAACCGUGGAAGAAUGGCACUUGCAUCAAUCUGUUCUUGACGCAGCUUGCUAUUUCCAUUCCGAGCAUCAUUGUUGAUAUUGCGAUUCUAUAUCUUCCGAUCCCCCACGUCUUGAAACUGCAGAUGAAUCCGGCGCAACGGGUUUUGAUUCUGUUCACGUUCUUGCUUGGAAGCUAUGUCGUUUUCUGCAGUGUCUAUCGUUUCAAGAUUUUCUUAGGGUACACUAAGAACGAUGUCCCUUGGUCAUUGGCGCAAGGUCUGGCUUGGAACAUUAUAGAAAUCAGCAGUGGCAUCGUGUCCGCCUGCUUACCGACUCUUGGUCCCAUCGUCCGUCUGUUAUGGAAGGGUAUCCUCGACUCUGCUCAUCGAAGUGGUCUGGACAAGUACGGACCGUCCUCCUCCAAUAAAAAGUCAACAGCAAGGUCGGUUGGCGUGACCAUUGGCGGCGGAAGAUCUGGAAACGCCUCCCACGCGAGAGACGGCUCAAAAGACUGGUCCAAGCUCCCCGAAGCCAACGCGAAACCAAACUUCCGGGAAGAGUCCAAGUACGGCAUCGGUCUACGGACGAUGGGCGCAGGGGACGACGACCGGAGCUCCCGGAGCUCAAAUGACGUCGAGCUGGUGCCGCAAAACACGGUCAGUGUGACCAUACGGAGCCCGGCCCGAGACAAGUUUCCCCAACAUGAAGCGGGCAUGAGUGCGAGGGAGCACUACCAAGGGAAGAAGAUCUCAAAGGAAAACGAUUCAGGAUAUCCCCACUCUGAUAACAGGAUAUGGCAGCAUCGUGAGGUUGAGAUAACGACGGAGCCAGUAGAGCCGGAGUCUGUCUUGCCUGAAUUUAACAGGAAGAGGAAGUCGGGCAUAUUAUGA